AUGGGGAGUGUGUGGGGAGGCCUUCGCGGUGUCGCCUCUUCCCUCGUCGUCGUCAAGCACAUCGUGGCCGCCUGGUUCACCCCGCUGCUAUGGCCUUCCAACUCGGAGGAUGACGCCCCCGUCCUCCUCCAGCUCCCCUACUUCCGCGUCUUCGUCCAGGGCCGCAUCGGCGUCGCCAUCUUCUGUCUCGUCACCGGCUACGUCUGCUCGCUCAAGCCCGUCAAGCUCUUCCUCCAGGGCAACCAGAACCAGGCCUACAACUCGAUGGCCAAGUCGGCCAUCCGCCGCGUGCCUCGCCUCUUCCUCCCCGUCGCCAUCAUAAUCUUCAUCAGCGGUAUCGCCACCCAGCUCGGUGCCUUCGAGACGGCCAACCACUCGGACGGCUACGGUCUGCAGGUCACCAGCCCCGACCGCCGCGACAACCUCUUUGCCGCCCUCUACAACAUGGCCCACGACCUCCUGUCCGUCUGGACGCACGGCCGCAGCGAGUACGGCUCCGAGCUCUGGACCAUGAUGCCCAUCCUGAAGGGUGCCUUCUGGGCCUACGUCUUCCUGCUCACCACCUCCCACGUCCAGCAGCGCUGGCGCAUGGUCAUUGCCCUGACCCUCACACUAUACCGCUGGGCUUCCAACGACCCCUUCUUCGGCAUGCAAUUCUUCUUUGGCGCCUUCAUGGCCGACCUGCAGAACCUCGACCCCGACUCCUUCAAGCGUGCCCAGGCCAUGUCGGCCUCCGGCGGCAUCAUCCGCACCGUCAUGUCCGUCUUCUUCCUCCUCGUCGGCCUCUUCAUCGCCUCGCUCCCCGACGACCACUCUGACUGGCAGCCUUGGUCCCGCUUCCUCCACGAGUUCCUGGCCGCCAUCCUCCCGGAGAACCCCGACUUCCCCCGCUUCGCCUCGGGCAUCGGACUGGACGUCAUCGUCAUCGGCCUCCACCUCUCCCCCACCGCCCGCUCCAUCCUGUCCAACCGCUUCUUCCUCUGGCUCGGCCGCAUGUCCUUUGCCGUCUACCUACUCCACAACCAGAUCCUCCGCUCCGUCCUCUGCUGGAUGGUCUACGGCUUCGACCUCCCCGCCGAGGGUGAGCCCCCUCUGACCCUGGGCAGCCCCGUCAAGCUCUUCAUCGUCCUCCCCCUCUACGUCGCCAUGACGUACGGCUCCGCCCACCUGUGGACCACGUACGUCGACAGCUUCUGCGCCCGCAUAUCGGAGCGCAUCGUCUCCUUUAUCAAGGAGGACCCUGAUGAGAAGUCGGCUGGUCCCGCUCUGCUGCCUCAACAUGGCAGCUCUUAG